AUGGCGUCAGAGUCCCGUGAUGCGAGCCCGGCAGAGCCGUCCUCGGAUGCCCCUCCCGACGACGCCAACCCCGAACUCGACGAGAGCGCAACACCUAAUGCCGCGGCGCCACAAAGAGCCGCAGAUGACGAGGCUUCGGCGCUCAGGCUUCUAACCGAGAAUGUACGGGAUCAAGAUGACCUCGAACGAGACAUCACAUCCCAGGCCAACCGUGCCUUGAUUGAAGCCGAGGAUAAACGGGACCAGAAACGCAUCGAGAAAGCCGAGCUGUCAAGAUCCAAACUAGAAACCCAACGUAGAGCUCAACAACAAAAGCUCCGCACAGCGCAAGCGAACUCCGCAGCGAAGUUGCGCAUCCAGCGAGAAAUAGCCCGCAUCGAAGCAGAAAUCGAGAUUUGCGACAAAGACAUUGCCGACUUCAACACUCGUAUCGAGCAGAGAAAUAAAUUGGACGGAGAGGAUGGACAGACACAGGGGGCAGCGGGCGGGAAGCUGAAAGGGGAGACGCAGCGCGAGUAUCUCAUUCGGACAGGCAAGAUCACACCAUUUGCCACGUUCGGUGGGCCACGACCAGCUGGCGUCGAAGGCGAGCUCGCUGAUGCUAUCAUUGAUGCCGAAGAUGAGGCCGUUGCGGAAGAGCUCGAGGAGCAGGCUGGUGAAGGCCCACGCUCCCAUCAGAAUCUGAGGUUGCCCGGCUUUACCGAAGAUGUGGACGAGGUACCGAGUGCCGCUGUGGAAUCGGAGUUUUCCCUCCGCCCACGGAAGAAACGGAAGGUGCAAAACGCGCCCGCGGAAUCGGAUGAUGAUUUUGCACCGGAAGAGUCGGCGUCGGAGGCGGCAAGCGUCGCGUCUGAGGCUUCGGAAAAUUUCGAUAUGACAGAGGUGUCCCCCAAGCGGAAGCGAGGGACGGCCGCAAAAACGAGCGAGGGUAAGAUUGACUUGAGCAAUAUCGACGAUGGCAAUGAAGCCGUGUACCAGACGAGGCUGAAGGACUGGACUGAGCGGCGAAGCCGAGCAAGGCGGCGCCGCCAGGAAGCUCUCGGCCAGCCAGUUGACGAUGGGUCGGAUGGCGUGGACGAAUGGUUGAAGCCGUCCCCAAACCAGUCUGAUCAUCAAUUUGAGAACGGCAUGAAGUUACCAGGCGAUAUUUAUCCCUCACUAUUUGACUACCAGAAAACGGGGGUACAAUGGCUGGCAGAGUUGUAUGCCCAGGAGGUUGGCGGCAUCGUGGGUGACGAGAUGGGCUUGGGGAAAACCGUCCAGUUGAUAUCCUUCAUUGCCUCGCUACAUCACAGCAAUAUGCUUCACAAACCGGUCAUUGUAGUUGCCCCGGCCACGGUUCUGCGACAAUGGGUCAACGAGUUCCAUCGUUGGUGGCCGCCACUCCGUGUGUCGAUUCUUCACUCGUCUGGGAGCGGCAUGUUCAAUGUUCGGGAUGAGGAUGAGAUAGAGGAGCACGUGGAUGACUGGGAUGACGAAGAACGGCCGAAGAGGUCCAACCCGGCGGUAAGGAGGAUUGUUGAUCGAGUUGUCAAACAAGGUCACGUCCUAGUAACCACCUACGCCGGCCUCCAAACAUACGGCGAUGUCCUGAUUCCCGUCAACUGGGGCUACGCUGUGCUAGAUGAGGGCCACAAAAUUCGAAACCCGAACACGGCAAUCACAAUCUACUGCAAAGAACUGCGCACUCACAAUCGCAUCAUCCUUUCCGGAACCCCGAUGCAGAAUAAUUUGACCGAGCUCUGGUCCCUCUUCGACUUCAUCUACCCCAUGCGGCUUGGCACCCUGGUGGCCUUCCGCACCCAGUUCGAGAUCCCGAUUAGACUUGGGGGAUAUGCCAACGCUACAAACCUACAGAUUAUGACGGCCCAGAAAUGUGCGGAGACUCUGAAAGACGCAAUCAGCCCUUACCUUCUCCAGCGGUUAAAGGUUGACGUUGCUGCGGACCUUCCGAAGAAGAGCGAACAAGUGCUGUUUUGCAAGCUGUCGAACCCGCAGCGGGAGGCGUAUGAAUUAUUCCUGAAGUCCGAAGACAUGGCUUCCAUCCUCAACCGGACACGACAGUCGCUGUAUGGAAUUGACAUACUGCGCAAGAUCUGCAACCAUCCCGACCUAUUAGAUCCGAGACUCAAAACCAAACCCGGCUACACGUGGGGUGAUGACAGCAAAUCCGGCAAGAUGGCUGUGGUCAAAUCCCUUCUCCCUAUGUGGAAACGCCUAGGGCACAAGACGUUGCUCUUCUCCCAGGGAGUGCAGAUGUUGGACAUCAUUGAGGCCUUUGUCCAGCGGCUGGACAAUGUCAGGUACCUUCGCAUGGAUGGUAAAACACCCGUAAAACAACGACAGAGUCUUGUGGAUCAGUUCAACACGGAUCCGGAGCUGGAUGUGUUUUUGUUGACGACAAAAGUUGGCGGGCUAGGCGUCAACCUCACGGGGGCCAACCGAGUCAUCAUCUUUGACCCGGACUGGAACCCUUCUACCGAUGUCCAAGCGAGAGAGCGGGCGUGGCGGUUAGGUCAGAAGAAGGAAGUAACAAUUUACCGGCUUAUGACGGCCGGAACCAUCGAGGAGAAGAUCUAUCAUCGCCAAAUCUUCAAGCAGUUCCUCUCCAAUAAAGUGUUGAAGGACCCCAAGCAGCAGACAUCAUUCAAUCUAAGCGACUUACACGAUCUCUUCACCCUCAGUUCAUACGAGGACGGCGUCACAGAAACCAGUGAGAUAUUCAAGGGAAGCGAUGUGAAGAAUUUCAAGCGUGCCGACCCACAGCAACUGGUUCUGCCUGGGCGCGAUGCCGCACCUCCCAUCCCAAAGCACCUUCGGGACAAAUCGGCUCCUAAACCCGAGCCUAACGAAGCACCGCCGACGGAAACAGCGAGUGCGGACGGCGAUGACCAAGAAAACAUGCUCCGCACGAUCGACGGCAUCGCAGGUCUAGAAACCUACGAAAACCCCUCCGCGCCGCCCCCGAACGAGGAAGACCGGCUCAUGGAGGGCCUCUUCGCCGGAUCCGCUGUGCACAGCGCACUCGAACACGACGAGAUCAUCAACGGCAAAAAGGCUGUCCAGGCUGACCGCAAGAUGCUUCAGCAGGAAGCCAACCGCAUCGCUGCCCAGGCUGCGAUCAGUCUCCGCCGAGCCGGUGAGCAAGCCCGCAACGUGCCCAUAGGCACGGUGACCUGGACGGGCGAGGUUGGCGAGGCCGGUCGGCCAACCAACAUCCGUCGCGGUCAUCGCGGCCCGGGAUCAGCGGCUAUCCUAGCCGGUGUGGCCAGCCGACAGGGCCUUGGUUCGGGAUCGGCUAGUCCUGCCGGCGGUUCAAGGGCGGGCACCCCUAUAACGGGUGAGCAAGCCCAAAACCUGCGCGCGAGGGACUUUGAGAGGAUGAUACCCGAGUUUAUUCGGCGGCAUAACGGACAUGUGCCGUCGAAACUGCUGGUGGACCAUUUCAAUCAGUAUUGUGCGGGUUCACGACAGGCGGAUGAGUUUAAGCUGGCGCUGGGGAAAGUGGCGAAAAUGGAGAAAAGGGGGUCGAGUAUGCGGGGAAUUUGGACGCUGAAGCCCGAAUUUCGGUAG